AUGGCUCCCCCAACGGACCGAAAGCAAAUUCUUGCCAACUUGAACGCUCAGGUCUCGGCCAGGAAGUCCAUAGUAGGCGCUGGUGCUGGAAUCGGCCUGUCUGCUAAGUUCAUCGAGGCUGGCGGCGGCGACUUGAUCAUCAUCUACAACAGCGGCCGUUUUCGCAUGGCGGGCCGCGGCUCGCUGGCUGGUCUUAUGCCGUACGGAAACGCCAACGACGUGGUUGUCGACAUGUCGAAGGAAAUCCUCCCCGUUGUCAAGCACACCCCCGUCAUCGCCGGCGUCUGCGGUACGGAUCCAUUCCUCAACAUGCGCCAUUUCCUGGGCAAGCUACGUGAUCUCGGCUUCGCGGGCAUCCAAAACUUCCCCACCGUUGGCCUCGUUGACGGACAGUUCCGCGCCAACCUAGAGGAGACGGGUAUGUCGUACGACCUUGAGGUGGAAAUGGCUGGUGCGGAUAUCCUCGUUGCCCAUAUGGGCCUGACGACCAGUGGGUCGAUUGGCGCGUCUACUGGCAAGACGUUGGAUGAGUGCGUUCAGCUUAUUCAGGAGAUUCGCGAUACGGCUGUCGCUAUUAACCCAGAUGUUCUUGUGCUGUGCCAUGGUGGACCGAUUGCUGCGCCGGAAGAUGCGGAGUAUGUGCUGGGCCAUACAAAGGGUGUCCACGGAUUCUACGGCGCGAGCUCAAUGGAGAGGUUGCCGGUGGAGGGGGCCAUUACAAACAUUACCAAGAGUUUCAAAGAUUUGAAGCCUACUGCGUAG